CAGCAGCAAUGCUGAUCCCUGUUCAAUGUGUAAAACCUCGGACCUCAACAAUCUGAAUUCACAGUCGUUCCUUCCCCGAACUAAUGAGGAACAUCGUCGAGGGGCUCGUGCUUGGUUGGCUGCGCAAUCUGAAGAAGAGCGUGAUAUACUUUUUCGCAGAAAUGGAGUUAGAUAUUCCGACCUCUUGCGGCUUGACUACUGGGAUCCUGUUAGGAAUACAGUCGUUGACCCCAUGCAUGGUUUUUACCUCCGCAUACUUCAGCGCCACUGUCGUCAAAUUUGGGGUAUGAACGUUGAGCUGGUAGACUGCGAGGGCUUAUGGGAAAUCAAACUUUCAACAGAGGAGGGAAAGGCUACUGCAAAAGAAAUCUUCGAUCAUGGAACUGCCAGUAAUCUGAGGAAUUUGAAAGCUGACUCUCUACGAUAUCUUGCUCUUCAGGAGGGUCUUGACUAUCGACGUAAUAAGAAGGCACUUGCCGAUUCACUUCUACAGUUGCGAGUGGUCAGACAAUGGCAAGCUCUGGGGCUUCAGGACAUGACACGACCUGCUCAAGACAUACCGUCACCCGAUCACCCUUCGAUUCCUCCAACAGCCUCGCUCUCAAUGAAUCAAACUUCCGUAGAUCAAGAGCUUGAAGCCGGGCAAACUCCAAGACAAAGGGAUUCGAGUCGGGCACCUCAAGACGAUUCAUUACCUAGUCACCGUUCGAGCUCUGCAACAGCUUCCUCGAACAAUAAAAGUUCCGCAAAUCAAGAGUUCAACGCUGCGCAUCAGGCAUUCCUAGAUGGACAACCGAAAACUCAUUUCAAGAAAUUGUCCACCGAGACGAUUCAAAAAUUAGCAAAUCUAUAUGGGGUCCAUGCAUUCACGCCAGCCGGUGCCCCUUCCCGAGCCAAACAAACACUGAUAGAUGCGUUGUUCAAAUGGAAAACUGAAAGUAAUGUGGACCGAACAUCGAUGAACGAUACUACGCUCCUUCGAGUCGGAGCUAAUCCGGCUUUACCUCCUCUCUCGACUUAUGCCCCCAUUGGAGCUGGCCCUUCUGCCCAGAAUGCUCGAGUUCAAGGCGUAUCACGUUCAAGUACUCAUCAUACUCAACCUGGGGAGCCCAGCCGCGAUGAACAUCUCAAACUCUUUCUCAAUGCCACAAAAUCACAAAUUGAUCAUUACCCUGCUAAGGUUCUAGAGGGUAUAGUUCACGCCGUCAAGAUUUGGAAGAAGGCCGCUGCUGGCCCUCGACCUCAUCGAAACAAGUCUCCGAGAGGUGACCUGUCUGAAAAUCAGGUUGACAAUUUUUUCGAAACACAGUCGAACGGUUCUCUUGAUUAUGAGCCAUAUGACCUGGAUAACUACGAUGAAGGUGAUGAUCGCUCAGAUUCUUCGGAAGAGGAAGUUGAGAUUGUGAUACCUUCAACCAACAAAGGAAAGCGCGAGCUUAUACAUAACAUCCGAUUCGAAUCUGGUAUCACCAGUGAGAAUGGUCAGCUUUUGAACAAAGCAGCAACUCGCCGAUCGGGCGUUCUAGGGAAAGACACUCUUGCUGCCAUUCGAGAGGACAUGGAAAAACUUCGAACUCCGUCUUGGAUGGCUGCUGCUCCUAAUCAUCCCGGGGAGGCUUCGCAGGGAAAGUUCACCGCUGAUCAAUGGCGAACAUUUUGUACUGUCAAUUUACCUAUCACUUUGAUUCGCCUUUGGGGUUCUUUGCCACAUGAAGAACGCAGAUACGAAAUGUUGGAUAACUUCAUGCAUCUUAUCACUUCUAUUCGUCUAGCGGACAUGCGGGUAAUGACAGAAGAACGCAUCCAAACUUUCGAACGUCAUUACAGAGCAUAUCUCACGGGUAUCAUUGGUUUCGAGAUGAAAGACCGUCUUGGUGGUUUAUACCCUCACACUAGAGUCACCCCUUAUCAGCACAUGAUGCUCCAUUUCGGGGACCUUUUGCGGUUAUUUGGUCCAGUCCAUAGUUGGAGAUGCUUCGCUUUUGAACGGUUCAAUUACAUUUUACAAACCACAAAAACAAAUAGUCGGUUCGGGGAAUUGGAGAAGACUAUGUUCACUCGCUUUUGUAUGAUGCAAAAGCUGAAAUCUCUAUUCCAUGGGGAGGCAUUUCCGCCAAUUGCGUGUGAAUUGGCCACAUUAUAUCAAGAAACGUUUGAAGACUUGGAUGCUCGCGGAACUCGCAUAAAUGAUGCCCUUGCCUAUGAAGAGCCAAACUCGGAUACGGGCACUGAUUGGCCGGUUUCUUCAUUGACAAUUCUAGACGCCAGCACCUAUCAUAAGGUGCUCAAAAUCAGCACGUCCGAGAAUUGGACCGCCUCGGUUCGAAUUCAUGGUAGAUUUAAGCAACGGGGCCUCACUUUUACUCCGCAAAAACGCUCGUUCUCAGACGCUCAGGUUGUGUAUCAUACAGGAACUGCCGAGGAAUGGUCCGCUGGUUCCAUCAAGCGUAUAUUCACAACCAUUGGGGAAUCCAAGGACGGGAAUAGCGUUGGUGAAACAUUUGUUGAAAUACAUCCGUACAGGUCACUAACGGCCCCGCAUGCUGAAUAUGACAACUAUCGCAAGUUCGGAUUCGCUGGCGGUCGAUUUUUCUAUGACAUACUCGAAAAGGAAACACUUCUUCUUCCGCUGGAGAAGAUAUCUGCUCAUUUUGCAUAUUCAAUGCAAUCUCACUCGUUGAUUGAUGCUUCCAUCAUACAUGCUCUUCCCUUGAACAAGGAAAGUGAAUUUACCAUCUAACUUCAAGGACCACUGAGCACCUUGACACUGAAGCUCUACUUAUCUAUUUUACUCUGUCUCCUGUAUGUCUAUAGCAAAUAACUUGAUUACAAAAAGCAAUUGAAAGUGAAU